UGCACGAGGUUUUAGUAAAUUGUGUCAUCACACCUAAGUCAGUUUUCCUGUAGUGUUUCAGACAAGUAGACCACAGUUUGUACCAACCCAAGCGUGACAAAGAUGAACCGGAGGAUGCUCUGUAUCACCCUCUUCGUUGCUGUACUGCCUUGUAUGGCUAAAGCAAAUGAAGAACUAAUCACCCCAUAUGAUAUGACAAUGAGUCAUUUGGAUAAGAACUCAGCCCCUGACACCAAGCAGGGUCCACCCCAGGUGUCACCGUCUUCAGCAUGCUGCGGGCUGGACGAGCUAAAGCAGUCACUCGCCCAACUCAUUCAGGAAGAGCAGGAGAGCAGGGGCUGGUACGGUGAAAUGGUGAAGAACCUAAAUCAGUUGGUGCAAGAAAACAAGGAGGUGGCCAGCGUUCAGGCUGAAGUCCUGAAGGUCCUGCGGGCUGUGAGCGACCAGGGCGAGCAGCAACUGAGCCACCUCCAGAGCAUGGCUCGCCUUCAGAGCCUCCUCGUAGAGAACCACCAGGCGCUGCUGCUGCAAGUGUCUCGCAUUGCUACCAUGCUGCAGGAUGCAGUGAAGAGACAGGGCCAAUAAAUGCGCCGGCAAAACGGCCUACGUUUAAAGCAUUUUGAUGACAUAUUAUACUUGGACUAACAAAACGGCAUGCAAAAAAGAAUCACAAAAUGUAGCUAAAACGAACUAAACAUGAAAUCCUAAUCAAAAAAAUCAAAGGAAGUACAAAUCAUUUUGUUGAUGAUCUUGUGUUUUGUGUUACUCUAUCAUAGCUAUAUAACAUAUCAAGUCAGUGUUUGAAUGAUUUUUUAUACUGUUGUGUGUUACAGUUGAUCUAACUUUACCUGUAACCCAUUGCAUGUGCUACAGACUUACAAUAAACAAGCUUUUGAUGAUA